AUGGACAGAUCUAUACAGAUUAAAAGUAAGAACAUCGAUGAAGAAGAAAUUAAACAAGGAUUUAAAAAGUCGCAUAUAAAAAAGACACUGGAUUUACCAAUCAUAAAAGAAAUGAUUUCUACUGGAAUUGAGUUUAUAAAAAAAGCACCACGUAUACUAGAAAAAGAUCCCGAAUUUAAAGAGUAUUCUAGCUAUAUGGUAUUUCUUUUAAAAUUCAUUUUAGAAAUACUUAGUUUUUGGGGUGCCACAGCUAUACUUUCUCAGAUUCCAAUACUUAAAACUAGAAUUGAAAAAGCUAUUUGUAAAGCUUUUCCGGUUUCUAUAGGAUAUAGUUAUAUAUUUUCUACAAUAUCUUCGUUUUUUGUUUUUGAUAAAGUCAUGAACACAUCACACAAUGCGAUUAUUAAUAGCACAUUUAGACUAAUGUUGUAUGCAUUACAAGAAAAUGAAGUUUAUGCCGGUUAUACUGUAGAAGAAAAUGAGAUGAUAGAAUAUAUAUGUUAUUUGAAUAGUAUGAAUAUGAAUGAAUUUAAGGAGAAUGUGAUUGAGAAGCAUAGGCAGAUUAUUAAAAACCAGUUAGAUCUGAUUUUUAGUUCACCACUUAAUAUGACACUAGAAAGUGUAUUAAAUGAGUCAUUAAAAGAGAUAACAGCAAUUGGUUAUAAGGAUAAGGGGCUUAAACCAACAGAUAAAUUAAUAGAAAUAGUCGAUGAACUUGAAAAUGUUACCAUAGUAAAUGAUUCGCUCAAUCAUGCUGAACCCCAUAUUAUUCUGAUUAAUAUGGAGAAUAUAGAAACAAAAAAUGACACACCAAUUAAUACACAGAGAAACACUAUGGAUAUAGAGAUUAUUUCAGUAAAUGAUGAAGAUACUUCUAAUAGUAAUAACUCUAAUAUAAGGUUUCCCAAGAAAGAACAAGCUAUUGAUGAAGUGGCAGAAGAUGCACUUUUUGCUGAUUAUUCUUCUAUGGAUGAUUAUCAGGUAGAAAGGGAUGUUAAUACAGCGCAGGAAAUUAUUUCUGCCAUAGUUAAACCACAUGCCAGUUUAACACAAGAAACAGAAAAAACACAAGAAACACAAGAAACACAAGAUGUCAUUAUUACUCCCCCUGGGCCACAGACUAACUCUUAUGCAAUGAAAAUAUUCAUUAACCUACGCAAUUUAUGCCGUAUGCCUUUCAAAUGUACCACAAGUAUUGGAAUAACACUGAUUUUACUAUUAUUAAUCAACAGUAUACUUAUAUUAUGCUACUAUAAUAGAACAUAUUUAUUUAUAUAA